AUGCUUAUCCCGCUCUCUCAUGAGCCGGAAAAUGUUGAGCUUGUCUCAAUACUCCAACAAGCCCAAUCCCUCGUCACCGGUCUUCUCAAAAGUAGCCCGACGGAUCCAUCAAGUCCGAUCAGUCGCAUACCCAACCUCGAAGGCAUAGAAGCCAUUCAACGUCUAGCGAUCCCUGGCGAGCCACAAGAUAUCACCUCAGUCAUACGUGAAGCUCUUUCAAUUUUCGAUAAUCGCAUGCGUCUUGACCAUCCAAAAUGUUUUGCCUACAUCCCGUCAUGUCCUUCGCCUCUGGCGUACUUUGGGGAUUUUCUGACCUCUAUCUUCAAUGUCAACGCGUCGAUGUGGACUAUCAGUUCUGGGCCAAGCGCCAUCGAGGCUUCUCUUAUACUUUGGUUGGCUAGUCAGGUGGGACUUCCUUCGUCUGCUGGGGGAUGCUUUGUGUCUGGUGGUUCAAUGGCCAACAUGACAGGCAUUAUUGCCGCAAGAGACCAGAUGCUCCUCCCAGAACAACGCGCCAAUGCAAUAAUUUAUGUAUCUGACCAAACGCACAUUUCUGUGGCCAAAGGUCUGCACAUGAUUGGCUUUUGUGACUAUCAAAUCCGGGUCAUUCCCACAGAUAGCAAGUUCUGUCUAGACUGUAAAGCAUUGCAACAGACUAUCGAUGGUGAUCGGCGCAUUGGCCGUCUCCCGUUCUUGAUCAUCGCCAGCUGCGGAAGUACAAAUACUGGGAGCAUCGACCCACUGCAUGCGAUUGCUGAUAUCACUCGGAAUGAGAGAAUGUGGCUCCAUGUUGACGGCGCUUAUGGUGCAUCGAUUGCACUCUCCUCGACCAAACGCCAUCUUGUGGACGGACUUGGACGGGCGGAUAGUAUCUCCUGGGACGGGCAUAAAUGGCUUUUCCAAACCUAUGGUUGUGGUAUUGUUCUAGUACGCGACAAAAAGUCUCUCGAGGAUAGCUUCAAGAUCGACGCAGAAUAUAUCCGGACAUCACUUGCACCAGAUGGAUCGACCAAUUUCUAUAAUGUCAGUCCCGAGCUUAGCCGUCCCGCUAGGGCUAUAUCGUUAUGGUUCACUUUGCGCGUUCUUGGGCAUAACCGCAUUGGUGAAAUGAUUGAUCAAGGAUUUACCCUUGCCUCCACGGCAGAGCAUGAACUGCGACUACUUCCAAACUGGGAGAUCGUAAGCCCAGCCAUUUCAAGCAUUGUGGUAUUUCGAUUUUCGCCCCCUGGUUUGGAUAUUGUGACAGCGGACUCGUUGAAUUCAAAGAUUUCUGCCAGACUUCUUGAUGAAAACUCUGCUGCUAUCAUGACUACCAAAAUCCGUGGCCGCAUUGUGCUCAGGCUAUGUGCGAUUAAUCCUGCCGUGCACCCAGAUACAAUUUCUCUGAUCGUCUAUCGAAUGAAUUCAAUUGCAAAAGAAGAGCUGUCAUUCAUAUUGCCAGUAAAGGAACCACAAGCUGUUCCAAACUAUAUACGCACUGAAGGUUAUACUCCCGUGGGACUUAAAAGGUCGCGCAUUUGA